AUUUAGGCGAACGUAAAUGGUAAUCGGGCGAGAAGAUUCAUUCUCAGGCGACGAUGUCGAUUGUACGUCUCGCGAUUCUUUUAUGCCUCCGAUACCGUCCAGCUACAGCAGACGGGGUUGGAACGUUUAAGACGACACAUGUUGGUCCGAAACCGCUUUGGAACGAGACCCACGUGGACAGGCUGAAGAAGGACCUGCUGCAGAACUACGAUCGAUUUUUGCGACCCGAGCACAGCAACGACCCGACUCAGUUGAAGAUCGCGCUGACGAUUCUGCACCUGGAGAUCGACGAGGCGAAGUCUACGAUCAUGCUGGAUAGCUGGUUGACCUUGGAGUGGACCGAUAGCAAGCUGAGGUGGAAUGAGAAGGAUUACGGCGGUCUCACGCAGAUCAAGGUGGCCGAUCAUGAGGUGUGGCAACCGGAUAUCUUCCUGUACAACAGUGUUGGCGAGGGGGAGCAGCUGCCUCGGGUUGGUAGUAAGAAUGUGGUAGUCUACUCCAAAGGGAAAGUCUUGUGGGUGCCGUCAAUAAAGCUAACCGCACUGUGCGACUUCAACAUGAGACACUGGCCCUUCGACCAGCAGCGCUGUUACCUCAAGCUGGGGUCUUGGACCUUCAGCUCGCAGGAAAUCAAGAUGGAGAAUAGCUCCAUGUGCACGGUGGAAGACACGGCGAGCGCCAGCUCGUGGGAAAUUGAGGUGAGCGGCGAGGUUACCUCAACAAAGUACGCUUGCUGCGUCGAAACGUACGAAUCGCUGACUUACCGCCUGAACAUCACGCGAAAAUCAACCCCGUACGUCGCCAUUAUCGUCCCGCCGGCCGUUGUUUCGACGCUCCUGCUACUGGCGCAAUUUUGGUUGCCGCCCGACGGCGAAGAGAAGAUCAUCCUGAACGGUAUCUCGGCGCUCAUGAUCAACAUGUUUCUUCUUUACUUUAACCAUCAGAGCUACACGACCAGUGGCGAAGCCCCUCUAAUUGUGGUCUUCUACAGCUGCAGCUUGUACAUCGUGGGAUUCGCGACCGUUUCCUCCGUCGUGGCUUACUCGCUGUGCAGGAUGAAAAAUCCGAGGCCGCUUUCGGGCUGUCUUAGAUCUUCAAUGCGAAGCGUUGGCAAAUGGUUGCUGGUGAAUGAUGUCGCCCACGAGAAGAGAGGUCAACCGGACGAUGAGGAUUCCGAUAAGAGGCGCAUGCUCGCCAAUUUAAUUCGCGACGAAUGGACCUUCCUGGCGGUCUGCAUCGACAGGCUCCUCUUCGUCUGCACCACGUUCGCCUUUAUUGUUUUAGCGAUAUGUCUCGCUUAAGUGGGGCAAUAUGUAAAAAUAUCACGGACCAAAUUAUAAUUGUCGACACAUUU